UUAUAGUUUUGUUGGUUAGUUCUUUUUUGCCAAACUAACUAUAAAACUCCCCUGUUCUUUUGAAGAUAUAGUUCAGUUUUCACAAGUCAACGACAAAGUAAGAACGUAUAGACAUGAGAUCUUUUAUUAUUCUAGGAUUUUUGGCAGUAGCCAGUGCUGGUACCUUACCCGGCUACAAUUAUGCACAAGGAUCAUCUGGUAACCUUGUUGGACAAGGAUCAACCAUUUCUUACAACAGUGGAAGUAGUAACUUGAACGGAGGACUUUUCGGUUCAGACAGCAGCUCAGGAUCCUUGGGAAGCUCUUCAAAUUUGAUCAGCACUGGAGGAUACUCUUCUGGAGGCCAAAUCAUCAGCAGCGGCGGUGGAUACGGUAGCUCUUCCGGAGGACAAUUGAUCAGCAGCGGCGGCGGAUACGGCAGCUCUUCAGGAGGCCAAUUGAUCAGCAGCGGCGGUGGAUACGGCAGCUCCUCUGGAGGACAAUUGAUUAGCAGCGGCGGUGGAUACGGCAGCUCUUCCGGAAGCCAAUUGAUCAGCACCGGUGGAAUCAGCAGUGGAGGAUAUGGUGGCUCUUCUGGAAGCCAAUUGAUCAGCGGAGGAGGCUAUGGAGGUAGCUCAGGAGGUAUCAUCAGCAGCGGUGGUGGAUAUGGAAGCAGCUCAGGUGGAUACAGACAAGGAAGCUCCGGCGGUACCACCCUCAACAUUGGACUCAACGCCCUUGACUCUGUUCCACAAACCGUUGAAUACAGCAAACAAUUCUACACCUUCGUUGCACCCGAAGAAGCUCGUGAAGAAGGACAAGUCCAGAAGCAAUUGAGCAAUGUCUUGAAGAAGAAUCUCCAAGUUGUGUUCAUCAAGGCCCCCGAAAACAACGCUGCCACCAGUGCUGCUUUGCAACUCGCUAAACAAGCUAUCGAACAAAGAACAGCUAUCUACGUUCUUACCAAGCAAGCUGACGGUUCUCAAUUGGUUGGACAACUCCAACAAAUCCAAGAGAACGUACAAACAACACCUGAGGUUAAAUUUGUGAAAUACAGGACCAACGAAGAUGUUCUACGUGCCAAGUCUGAAAUUCAAGCUCAAUACGAUAACUUUGGAGGAGCUUCCGAAAACUUUGAUGGUGGUGUUGCACCAGUUUUGAAUUAUGCUAGUGCUGGAGAAACUAAACAAGUUAGCUUUGGUGGUUCAUCUGGAGGUUCAUAUGGAUCAGGACAAAUCAUUGGAGGUGGAAGCAGUUAUGGAUCAGGACAAUUGAUUGGUGCUGGUUCAUCUCAAUCUGGCUCAGCUCAAUUGAUUGGUGGAGGUUCAUCAGGAAGUAGUUUCGGUUCAGGUUCAUCAACUGGAUUCACCUCAGGAUCUUCAGGAAGCAAUUUCGGCUCUGGAUCAUUGAUUGGUUCAGGUUCAAACCAAAUUACCACAUCAAAAGUUAUCUCUUCAGGAAGCAAUCUCGGUUCUGGUAGCGGUUUCGGUUCAGGAAGCAGUUUCGGCUCGGGCAGUCUCGGCUCGGGCAGUAUCGGCGGCGGUUCCGGAAGCAGUUUCAGUUCUGGAAGUGGUUUCAGUUCAGGAUCCGGAUCAGGAUCUGGUUUCGGUUCAACUGGUGGAGUUAGCAAAACUAUCACCAAGACCACACAAACCCAAUCAACUAACUACUCGUCCCCAACCCAAAUUAUUAAGAAGAAAUAAGUCUGAAAGUUAGUGUUUAGACAAGUAAGGUUAUUUCAUAAGCUUUCAUUUGUUUUUAUUUUUUUGAUAAUAAAAAAAUAAA